UCUUUCGGUUCAAUUGCCGAAACAAUUAAAAUGGCGUCAGGUGCAUUAUUUGGUGGCUCAACCGGUCGCUCUCAGAGCAAACAUUUGGUAGAAUUUCGAGCUGGCAAGAUGCACAUGAAGGGUAAAAUGGUUCAUCCUGACAAGAGGAAGGGAAUGGUGUACGUUCACCAGUCGGACGACUCGCUGAUGCACUUCUGUUGGAAGGACCGUACAACCGGAAGUGUGGAAGAUGAUCUGAUCAUCUUCCCUGAUGACAUCGAGUUCAAGCAUGUGAAACAGUGUACGACUGGAAGGGUGUUUGUUCUCAAGUUUAAAUCCUCCACUAGGAAAUUCUUCUUCUGGAUGCAGGAGCCCAAGUCUGACAAAGAUGAGGAAUACUCAAAGAAAGUGAAUGACUAUCUGAACAACCCACCCACUCCUGGAUCUAGCAGAGGUGGUGGUGGUGGUAGUGGACUGCCAUCUGAACUUGCCAACCUGGGUGACUCUGACAUCCAGAGCAUCCUGGGAGGGAUGAGCCAGCAGCAGCUCAUGCAACUCCUUGGAGGUAUGGGUGGGCCUGGUGGAGGAUUGUCUGCCCUUAUGGGGCGUCCUGGUAGUGCCCAGUCAACGGCCUCUGAACCACCUCUGAGGGUGCAAUCGUCCCCAGGGACAAGAGGCGGGUCAUCAGAGACCCCCACCCAGCAACGCCCAGUGACAGCAGCUGCUCUACCCUCACAGACUACCACAACAGCUGCUCCUACUGGUGGUACCAGUAGCGCCCCAGCUCAGGCAAGCAGUGGCAGCAGCAAGCCAGCAAUUCAGCUGAGUGACCUUCAGAAUAUACUCUCCAACAUGACUGUUCCUGCAGAGAAAGGUGCCAUAGACCUGUCCCAAGCCCUGGAACCGGAGUCAAUGGUUCCCAUCCUGGCCAAUGCGGAUGUCCAACAACGCCUAAUCAAGUACCUCCCUGAGGGCGAAGUCCUGCCCAAAUCUGAGGCAGAGCUGCGUUCCACCAUCGCCUCACCCCAGUUCAAACAGGCACUGUCCUCAUUCAGCUCAGCCUUGCAGUCGGGACAGCUGGGCCCCCUGAUGACCCAAUUUGGACUCGGCGAAGAUGUGGCAAAUGCCGCUGCGCAAGGAGACUUGGAGGCAUUUGUCAAGGCGAUGCAGGCCAACCAGAAGUCGAAGGAGAAGAAAGAUGAACCAGAGGCAAUGGACCAGGAUUAGAUUGCUGUUCAAACUUUGGAAUUUACCAUUUCCAUCCUCAGAUAAACAUAAGAUAUACCAGAGAUUUACAAAUAAACAACUGUUUUUCUUAGCAAAAACAAUACAAGUUAUUACAGAGAUUUACUUAUUACAAAGAAACAGCUAUGUUUUGUUGCAUGGACUCCGACUGGAUUUACCAUGACAUAUUAAAAAAUUUCGUCGUUUUCACACAUUACAAUAGUCUAUGAUGUAAUUUCAACAAAAUUCCUUUGAGCGAUUUGAUAGCUUAUAGCAACUGCAUUUAUUGUUAAUAAACCUUAAUUCUUCUUCUAUAAAGUUAUAAAAUUAUGACAGCUUCUUAUCAGAGAAUUCCUGUGAGCUAAGUAGUCUUUUUGAUGUUGUAAUUUAACAAAAGAGUGUAGAUCAGCUUUGCAUUUUGUAAUAUUGAGAUGGCAAUUUGAUUACGUAUUAAAAAAUUGGAUUAUAACUUUGACUCAGUGUGUAAAGUUUGUCAAUAAAACCAAAUACAUUU